AUGGGCGACCACGGCCCGGACAUGAACACGCUGGAGACUGAUUAUGUUGUGCUUAUUUCAGUCGUCCCGGCCGUGUUGGGAUUGACGGCAGCCGCCAUCUUGGCCGUGACGGCUUGCUUCUGUGCUCGGCGUUUCCGACGGCAGAACAAGAAGGCGGGCCAUGAGGCAUCCUCGCUGCCCUUCCAGCCGCCUCGACCACCGAAAGCGGUCCGUUCGCCCUCGGGUCAACCACCGCAGUAUCUGAAGAAGUCACCAUCGCCCACCACCAUCAAGCCGCUGCCAGGACAUCUUCCAGCGCAGUCCCCAACCGAGCAGGCGUCGGUAGCGGCCACCACAACGACCACGACUACCAGCAUCGUCCCGCCGACCAAGUACACCGAGGAGAACGAGCUGAUCCCGAAGAAUGCCCAGCUGGAACCGAAAUCACCCGAUGUGUCCGAAAUGGGCGAUCCUUCCUGCGAGAUUGGAGAUGGAAGCGAACACGGCAAACUAGGAGCGAUCGUGUUCAAGUUGCGCUUCCUGGCCGAUAGAAGCGCUCUGGUUGUGUCUGUGGUGCGUUGCCGUGGCUUACCGGGGAAAAACCACGGUUCAGGAUCGGCCGAGAUGAGCGCCCUUCCGGCAAGUUCGUUGUGCAAUGGUAGCGCCAAUGGCAAGCAAACGGCCACCGAUCCUUACGUGAAGCUGCAGCUCCUACCCGACAAGCAGCACAAGGUUAAGACUCGAGUCCUGCGUAACACUCGCAAUCCGGUGUACGAUGAAGAUUUCACUUUCUACGGGUUGACGCUGAACGAGCUCGCUGGCAUGUCGCUUCACUUCGUGGUGCUCAGCUUCGACCGGUACAGCCGCGAUGACGUGAUCGGUGAGGUGGUGUGCCCGCUCAGUGGCAUCGACUUGCAGCAGAUCGAGAACCAGCAGGUGGCGCUAAGCCGCGAGAUUCAACCGCGUAGUCUGAAGAUCCGUGCCCAGGGCCGUGGUGAGUUGUUGAUCUCGUUGUGCUGGCAACCGGCCGCCGCUCGGUUGACUGUGGUGUUGCUGAAGGCUCGUAACCUACCGCGUAUGGAUGUGACUGGACUGGCUGAUCCGUACGUCAAGAUCUACCUGCUGUACAAUGGGCAGCGCAUUGCCAAAAAGAAAACCCACGUCAAGAAGCGCACGCUCAGCCCGGUGUUUAAUGAAAGCUUCGCGUUUGACAUACCGAGUACCGAGGGUGCUGGUGCUUCGCUGGAUGGCGUUUCGCUGGAGUUGAUGCUGCUGGACUGGGACCGAGUGACGAAGAACGAGGUGAUUGGGCGUCUGGAGUUGGGAGGACCGCGCAGUAACGGUUCGGCACUUAACCACUGGAAAGAGGUUUGCAACUCACCCCGUCGCCAGAUUGCCGAUUGGCAUAAACUGCGAGAGUAAGCGGGCCAUCUUGGGCGGCCAUUUUGGGAGAUCGGACCGAGUGUGGUUUCGUUUCGUUACUUUUCCUUCUUGAUUGCCCCCCCCCCCCACACACACAGACACACGAGAGUGGACGGCCAGUAGGGCCGCUUUGAGGUGUACGAGAUGUUUGUAAGGCAACCACCCACUUUUUGACUAAUACCCCUAAUGAACUGAUCAUCAGCAAGAUAGGCAAUUGUAGCGGAUAAACUAUACUCCAACUACUGAAGAAACUCAUAACUCGUAUUCAUGCACUCGUACCCUUGAUAAAGACCGGCCACACUGUAGUGCUCAAUGAGCAACCGCUUCCGGAUGAGAAUCUCAUGCACGUUGAAGCUGCAACGGUAGUGCACACUAGUUGCUUCGAGCUUUCGACACGGUUAGUGGUCUUGUAUCGAUGUUUCGCGCACCUCUAGCACCACCGGUAACAGCAAACAGUAAACAGGUCCGACCGUGUGCGAGUGCAACCCACAAUGUCAACGUCUAUUAGAGCAUCGCCUUCCGUUUCCUGCACAAACAAAAAAUCACGUCAUUACAUCGCUCCACCAACAAAACUCA